GUCGGUUCGCGCGGCGCCGCUCUUUGGACGGGGACGGAAGCCGUCCGUAGGACCCGCGGCGGGCCCGCUUCGGCUGCUCCGCUGGCCUGGUCUCUCUCGGCGUCUUCACUGUGCGCUCCGACCGGCACCAUGGGGAAGCGGGACAAUCGAGUGGCUUACAUGAAUCCAAUAGCAAUGGCCAGAUCAAGGGGUCCAAUCCAGUCUUCAGGGCCAACAAUCCAGGAUUAUCUGAACCGACCAAGGCCUACCUGGGAAGAAGUGAAAGAGCAACUAGAAAAGAAAAAGAAAGGCUCCAAGGCUUUAGCUGAAUUUGAGGAGAAAAUGAAUGAGAAUUGGAAGAAAGAACUAGAAAAACACAGGGAGAAAUUAUUAAGUGGAAACGAGAGCUCAUCAAAAAAAAGACAGAGAAAGAAAAAAGAAAAGAAGAAAUCUGGUAGGUAUUCAUCUUCUUCUUCAUCAAGCUCUGAUUCUUCCAGCAGUUCUUCAGAUUCUGAAGAUGAGGAUAAGAAACAAACAAAACGGAGAAAGAAAAAGAAGAACCGUUCUCAUAAAUCUUCUGAAAGCUCCACUUCAGAAACUGAAUCAGACAGUAAGGAUAGUUUGAAAAAGAAAAAGAAAUCAAAGGAUGCAACUGAAAAAGAAAAGGACAUUAAAGGAUUCAGUAAAAAAAGAAAGAUGAAUCCUGAAGACAAACCUUUAUCAUCUGAGUCCUUGUCAGAAUCAGAUUAUAUUGAGGAGGUACGAGCAAAAAAGAAGAAAAGCAGUGAAGAACGAGAUAAAGCAACAGGAAAAAAACAAAAAGAAAAAGAAGCAUAAGAAACACAGUAAGAAGAAGAAAAAGAAGGCUGCUAGUUCAAGUCCUGACUCACCGUAACAAUAAGAAAAACCAGGAUUCUCUUAUAAAGAAAGUGCAAUGUCAAAGGAAAUUUCAACUGUGAAAAUUAUGACAUAUUUACUAAAAUGCAUGAAUUUUCUUGUUUUUAGAAUUAUUCCUGGACUAUUAGAGCCACUCAGAGGCCACUGUGUGGAAGGGCCAUGAUUAUUGCCUGCUGCUUGAACAUCUGGUUUUUUUUUUCUUCCAGUGCUUGAUAACUGGAAGAUAAUACACUGCAGUCAUACUAGUGGUUAAGAUAUUUGGGAAUAAAGCUAAUAUUUUAAACUAGAAGUACCUAGUGAUAAAUCAACACAAAUUGAAUCUGGAUGCAUCUUUAAGGUGUAAUCAGAAUUGACCAGAUGACUCUAGUUAAAAUUUUUAAAGUAGGGAUCACAUUAAUAUUUCAAAAUCCUUACUGUGUAGAUAAGUGUAUUUUAAUUUUUCCCCCCUUGUAUGCUUUUAUUUAGCUGGGGAAGGAGAUUUUAAAGUGGAGGGGGGUGAUUUGCUAUCUCUUUAGCUAGCAGAAUAGCGUGCCUUUGAUCUUCACACAUCCUACUUUUAUGGACACAGUAGCCAUGCUUCCUGGGGAGGUCAGAGCUGGGUACCAAACAGUCUUUACCCUUUACUGAGCUUAAUGACAUCCUUGGACUUUAUCAUAUGCUGCUUUGAGUGAACCAGAAAAACAACCCUUUACAGCAUGAGAAAGUCCCCGAAGCUCUGGUAUUUAUCUCCAUGAUAAUAAAAACUGAAUGUUUUUUAGCUUUAGAAUGUGUUAUGUCAUUUGAAUUAAGUUUGACUAUACUUUGGCUUUGGAGAUAAAACGUUUCAAAUAGACACUGGUACUUUUUGGACUUGAUAGCUGAAGAUUCUAAAAUGCAUGUUUUAUGCAGUUAAGUUUUAACUGGUCAGGAAAAUUUUAUGUAACCAGCAAUAGUUACUUUAUUUUUUGUAUGAAUUUUGUUUAGGCUGCAAUGUUUAGCUUUUGUUAACUCCUUACUCUUGCUGUCUUAAGUUCAUUACUAUGUUUAGUGGCAUACUUGCCAAGAUAUUUAGCAUGUAAAAAGCAGGGUUUUGAUUUUUUUUUUUUUUUUUAACAGCUUCAUAUUGAAGCUGAGACUUAUAUAAACAAGUUGAAUGGCAGGCCUGGUAUGCUGUAUCUUGUUACAUAAAGCUGUUGCCAGAAUCUUAGUAAAUAUAAUGUUUUAAAAGCUUGUUGUCUUUGUAUGUUAAUAACAAAUUAUAAUGAGUUAAAUUUAAGUGAGAGUUUUAUCACUGCUCUUUCUGUGUCAUAUUUUACUAAGAUUUUGUGCCUCAUAUCUUCUGCUGAAUUAUUAGGAAUGUUAAAAGGAAUUGAUAAAUCACUUUCAUUUUACAUUUUUAUAUAAUCAAGUAAUAUGAAAUAUAAUUUGAUGUACAGUUUUGCCUGUUACAGGGGGUAUGCUAAUUAUAGUGGCAUAUGCACAGAACAUUUUGGCAUGACGAGGCUGAAUAAAUAGCUAUUUUACUUAAAAA